UCCCCUGGUUACAUAGGUGAAAUCACGCAUAGAUUCGACCUAGCCGAGGGGAAUGGACUGACAGGCUUCAUCCGGAAAUCGUCCGAAAUCUCAUGGAUGCAUCGAAUGUACGAAUAUGUUUGGAAAUCCUCGCCGAUCGGGGAUGCUAUCGUUCAAGCUAGAGUUGAGGUAAACAUUCCCGCCACAGAGAAGGUAUCUUAUUUUGUGGACGAAACCACACUUUUAUCAGUCGACGAGGACUAUAUCAACCCCUUUGAGUGGCCUUAGUUUGAUAUGGCGCUGAUUUUGGCGGAAGCAGUGUUCUGUGCAAUGAACGGCGCGUUCUGUUUCGUGGACCGCGAACAAUUCCUCCGUAAAUUAGCCAACUUCGAGCGAGAGGAAAACAUGCCAUCUUGGAGCGAACGGGGAUGGCUCUCUGUUGCAAACCUAGUUUGGGCUGUGGGUUCUAGAUGGCUGAUGCUGACGAGUAUGGAUUCCUCCAGUGUCUGUCAUGAGGAAAGCCAUCUUAUAUACUACGCCAGGUCUAGAGCGUUCGGCCUGGAUCACAGGGUUGUCUUUGACCACCCAGACCUUGAACAAGUUCAAGCAAUGGGGUUACUUGCAUCUUUUUUACUUGUGAACAACUCUAUAUCUAGAGCUUGGACACUUUUAGGCGCCGCAGUCCGCCACGCCUUUUCACUAGGCUUGCACCUGAGAGUAAGUGACGUUUCAAUCAAUGAGGCAGAGCGAACAAAUAGGGCAGAGACUUGGUUUACACUUUGCACGCUAGAAGUUCUCCUUGCAGACAUUACAGGAAGGCCUAUGUCAGUGCCGUUUGCGGAUGCGAUGGUAUCAACUGACCUACUAGGAUUGCAAGAAUCGGAGGAUUUAGUCUCCACUUAUUCCCGUGGCCUAUGGCUCGACUUCAUUGACUCUCAAGAAAACUCAUUACAUGAAAAGCCUGAAAGCGCUCUGAGACUACGGUCACUUAGUGGCGCAGGACGUCAUCCCUGUUCAUUAUACCUUUCGCAUCGAAUUAUUCUCUCCCGAAUUAGUGAUCGGAUCACUACCAACCUAUCCUCCGGUCUACAAAAUAAACCAUGGUCAAGCUUCCAAGGGCAGGUCGACAAGUUUCACAAGGAAGUACUGCAAUGGUCUGAAGGCCUACCUGAUGACUUUAAAAUCGACGAAACCUUGCCAAUCGGUGCCAAUACCUGUGCGAGGCUGGAACUAAACGCAUAUUAUCAAAGCGUGUUGAUGAUACUCCACCGACCGGGUGUGUGUGAUAUCCGCAUCGGACAAGAAAGCGUUGGUUCUAAGGCGUGGAAUUCAAAUUGUGCGAAGAUUUGUGUGUGUGCGGCCAUGGCAUUGAUGGACCUUAUGCCGGGUGACCCUUGGGAGUGCGAGAUCUACGAUGUACUCCCGUGGUGGACUCUUCUACACUACUUGUGCCAAGCUACAGCGGUCCUCAUGUUGGAACUUUGCCUCGAAGCCCAGCACGUGCUUGAUGCGAAGCCUGAUAUCACUAGUCGGCUAAGGAAAGCUGUAGCAUACCUA